AUGGCUGAAACACAAAUUGGGCUUCGUAAGCGACUUCGACACGAAUUUUACACUUAUUGCGCAUUUUGCAUAGCAGUGUCUGCGCUACCAGCUUUAGCAUUUUCAUACGUUGUGGUCCGUUUAAGCAAGCAAUUAUGGCUGAAACUUUUGUCAAGCCGAUAUCCCACAUUGGAGUUCAUCAGAACGGAUACUGUGCGAUCACUUCUAGACACUCACAGAAAUCAGGGUAUCAUUAACGUGUUAUUGUCUAUAAAAGGUGCAAUGAAUGUGGAAGAAAUUCAUGAGAGUCUUGUAAACCAUGUUGUCGAUCGGCGUGAUGAUACAGGAAGUCUAAUGUUUCCAAGAUUACGCCAUCUCUUGGUAUCGUGUUGGGGAAACUACGCUUGGGAUGUUAACGUACCGUUCAGGCUUGACAAUCAUUUCGUUGUAGCCGGCGGUAUUCAUCGCGGUCGGCCAGUCAAUGAAAACAAUAUUCAAGGCUACGCCAGCGAUAUUAUAUCAAAGUAUUUCCCAAGUGACCAACCACCAUGGCAGUUUAUAUUAAUUCCAUGCGUCUCUAUAGAACCAAAGUAUUAUAUAUUAGUUAGGGUCCAUCAUUUGCUUCUGACUGGUAAGAAAUCGCUGAAUAUAGGUGAUUUACUGUUACUAGAACAGCUGCCAGAAUCUCGUUUAGUUGAAGCAAAUAACCAAGAGCAUAGUCCCUUGACAAAAUUAUUUCCUGGAUCAUCUGCUAUACCAGAACUAUGGGAGAAAAUUAAUGAAACAUUGUCAAACGUUUGGAAUGAAUUUAUAUCUGAAUACGAUCCCACCGAGAGCACUCAAUGUGGAAAAAGUUUGCCGGGAAUAUUUCAUGUAGCGGGUAUGAUAGUCAUUUCUGCGACAAACGCUUUCAGAGAAAUAACAAAAAAGAGGUCAUUCAGUGAAGAUCCUCAUCCGGUGAGAACAGUUACGGCAUUCAUAAAUGCACUUCAGAAGGAAUGUAAUAAGAGAAAUUUAACAGUUCCAAAGAUUCUCGUAUCACCUGCUGUGACUUUUGAUCCUAGAAAGUGGCCAGGAAAAUGCCUCCAGGCGUCCUACUCAGCUACGCGAAUGAUUUUCAAAUUGCCAUCUACGAUAUGGGGUGAAGUUGUUGCACUAAAUGAUCUCCGAACAACUGGCCAUGUGAGACAUGUAAACACCUUAACCUGGAAGUAUGGAGAUUUAGGUCAAUUAUGGGUUAAGGCUACGAUAGAAGCUUUGAAAGGAGCCAUGCAGAUGUACCGAGCUCCAGCUAACUUCUGGACCAAUACCAUUGGAGCUGAUGAUGGUAAAAGAAAUAUAUUACAGACAUCAUCGUUAUGUGGAAGAAAAGUUACUUCAUGGUCUCGCCCAGUGUCUCGUGUGGGUAUGGAGAGAGCUGCAAAAGCGUUGGGUGUGUCAACAACAGAUAUAGCUCUAUUCGCUACAACAGAAGCUUUACGCGCUUUCUUCGAAAACACACAGAACGAGACUCCAGAUAGCGUUUUGAUCACAGCCAGAGCUGCUUGUGAGGAUUUCCUUUAUACUUUCGCAGAAGGCAACGGCAAGAAUUUCAAAAAAUCUCAAACUGGAGGUAUGGUAUGUCUUUCGCUGCCGAUUGGAGCAAGUCCGCGGCGCAUAGCGGCAUCUAUAGAAGAUGCUUGCAAACAGCAACGUGUGUUGGCAGCAGCGUGGGCUGCCCAAGCUCGAUGCGGAGCCCUAACUAGAUCUGUACCCUCGCCUCUAGCGCGACUAACCUUAAACGUUUUAUCUAGAAGAUAUGCAGUCUCUUACGCAGAAAUCAAUUCCCCAAUGGACAGUAGACCAAGAAACACAAUGUGGGGACAAACUGUAGACAAUGUCAUAUAUUGGAGACCGCCUCAAGCAAAUAUCAGUAUGUCUUUAACAAUAAUUCAAUACGCUAACAGCGUGCAAUUAGCUGUUAUGGCUGAUGCUCGAUUAACACCUCACCACAUUGUACCCGCGACCCGUUGGUCUGUGGUAGUAGAGAAGCUUAUAGAUAAAAUAGACCAAGAGAUUUGUAGAAUAACCGGCCAAUUACAACAGUCCUUGGAUAACGUACCAACAAUCAUUGUACCGGAAGAUUCUCAGGAGGAAUUAAUUUCGGAAGAUCGAGGAAAAGCAGGUACAAGUCAAGGUCUUAGACCACCAAAUCCUGUGGCUGUCAGCCCGCCGCCUAUCCGAAAACGUGUUAUAUAA